AUGUUCAGUGAUGAGUUUCUGCCCGAUCCUUGUCAAGAAUAUGACUCACCUCUCUCCUCCAUAUGCAGUGAUGAGUUCGAAAGCCUUGAGGAGUUUUACAAUGUCGACCAGGCCGAGACAACAUUGGAAUACUCUGAGGUGGCAGCCGACGGUAUUAAUCCGAUUCACUUCGAUGUCUGUUCACAGGCACGACUGGAUCAUCUGGGUGAGAUGAUUGACCCACAACUUCAAGACACAUACAACACAGCUUCGGCAGCAAGUGAGCAAGGCAACGAGGAUGGCAAAGCUGACUCAGGGGCUGGACCGGAGCACGAGAAUUUGACAGUAUCAGGUGCGCUUCUCGGAGACCAAGGUACGACACAAGAACCAGUCGCUAUUGACAAGGCGGACAAUAUCUGGACUGUCGAGACCAUACUUGCUGUUUGGCCGAAGAAAGAUGGCACGGUCCGAUACCUGGUAAAGUGGGAAGGCUUUCCGCACAAUAAGAAUACGUGGGAGCCGCCGGAAAACCUGAGCGACAUCGAUAUUCAGUUAUUCAAGGCGAGCUAUACAGGCAACCAGUUCGUUGAAGUGCUCAAAGAAAAGAAGGGACCUCACACCAUCGAAUAUCUCGUCAGGUGGACAGCGCAAUGGGAUGGUGCACGGUCUGCCACGAAAUCUACUUGGCUGGAGAGACCUCAUGUGAGCGCUAAGAAAGUCAAGGAGUAUCAGGUCAAGAAAGCUUCGAGCGGGCAAAAGAAGACUCGAAGAAAACGUGCUUAG